CCCUCCAUGCGCGGUCGAAAACUGACCGCUGCCCUGGCCUUCGUCGCCGGCACGGGCUUUACGCUAUUUGGUUACGACCAAGGCGUUAUGUCUGCACUACUUACGGCCAACCAGUUUGAGAAGGUGUUCCCCGAGGUGAUAACGGGCUCCGGAUAUCCGGCGAACCAUGCGACCCUGCAGAGCUUUGUGGUCGCUAUCUACGAAAUUGGCUGCCUCUUUGGUGCCCUGGCGAACCUCUGGCUGGGCGACAGGUUGGGUCGUCGGAAAACAAUCUUCAUUGGUGGCUCGAUCAUGAUUGUUGGCGCCAUCCUGCAAACGACAUCCUUCACCUACGCGCAGAUGAUCGUGGCGCGUAUUAUCACAGGUCUCGGUAACGGCCUGAACACGUCAACAGUCCCGUCGUAUCACGCAGAGUGUUCACCAGCCGCGAAAAGAGGCAGCUUUAUCAUGGUUGAAGGCGCUCUCAUUACAUUUGGCAUCAUGAUCUCGUAUGUGAUUUCUUUCAGCUUCUAUUGGCUCACCGGUUCAUCGGCUCAGUGGCGGGUACCGAUCUCAUUCCAGAUCAUCCUUGCCCUCAUGAUGAUCAUCGGCGUCCUCUUCCUGCCCGAGUCGCCUCGUUGGCUUGCCAAGAAAGGCCGCAAUUUAGAAGCUCUAGCCGUUAUUGCCGCGCUCGAGGACAAAGAUUACACAAGCGACUCGGUCCAGCUGACAUAUCACGGUAUCCGAGAAGCCAUUGAUGCGGAAUCGCGGUCGACGGACUCGGAACGCUCUCCCCUGCGCGAGGUCUUCACCAAUGGCCGCUCGCAAAACUUCCGUCGCGCGUGUCUCGGUGUCGUCAACCAGUGCUUCCAGCAGAUCACCGGUAUCAACCUCAUCACUUACUAUGCUACGCUUCUCUUCCAGCGCCUUGGCCUCGAUGACGUCAAGUCGCGGAUUAUUGCGGCUGGUAACGGCACGGAGUACUUCCUAGCCAGUCUCAUCGCCAUCUUCCUCAUCGACCGUGUCGGUCGUCGGCCACUCAUGCUGUUUGGUGCCAUUGGGCAGACGAUCACCAUGGUCCUCCUCGCCGUCCUUGGGAAGAUCAACACGCCAGGGUGCCAGGUCGCCUCGGCGGUGCUGCUCUUCGUGUUUAACUCAUUCUUCGCCAUCGGCUGGUUGGGUAUGACGUGGCUUUACCCCGCUGAGAUCGUCGGCCUGCGGAUACGUGCGCCCGCGAACGCGUUCAGUACUGCAUCCAAUUGGAUCUUCAACUUCGUUGUCGUGAUGGUCACCGGACCGGCCUUCAGCAGCAUCGGGUGGCGCACCUAUAUUGUGUUUGCGGCGCUCAAUGCGUUCAUCAUCCCCGUUGUGUACUUCUUCUUCCCCGAGACAAAGGGCCGGUCGCUGGAAGACAUGGACGUUAUAUUCGCCCUGGCAUAUAACGAAGGCGUCUCCCCAGUCGGCGUUUCCCUCAGGGACGACAUACCUCCCGCUGGAUCUCCGGAGGCCGAUGAGAUUCUUGGCGUGCGCCCGCGGUCGACUCGCAGCGACGCCGUCGAUGAGCAAAAUAAGCAGUAGAUGCAUUCUGUAGAUGCAU